UUGACAGUGACUGACCCAAUGGAGCAAUACCUAGAAAUGAGCAAGGACUGACUGACGAGUGGGAGUGGCAGAGAGAUGGCAGGAGUAGGAGCAUUUUGGGGGACAAGGGCGAUGGAGAUUGUGAAAAAACACGAUUCUGGUGGACUUGUUUGGAAGAGAAUUAAGCUUACUUCAACUCGUAAAGCCAACGCCAAGAAGCGUCUUCUUCGAGUUUGGCAGAAUGAAGCUGUCCUAAGGGCAUGUGCAGAACCACCACCUUCAAAAGCUUCAGAGCCUAGUGCCAAGGGAAGUGAUGAGAAAGAUGGUGGGAGUAGCUAAGUUGAAAGAAAAUCUGAGUAAGACUAUUAGAUGAACCUGGAGAGCAGGUGUUUUGUGAUUCCUGACUUCAUGAUGCCAAAUAUUUUUGUUAUGUUUCAAAUUGAAAAUUAGUUCAACCUUGUAAGUGAACUGUAUUUUAUCUUUAAUAGAACUAAUUAUUAGUUUA